AAAAGUGCUUGCCGGGGUCAUAUUCGGUUCUGGAGAAGAAUCACGGCUGAAGCUAGUCACCUUUGGAUGCUGAAGACUACAACGCCCAGUCGUAGAUCUCGCCACGAAAGUUCACCCCGCAUCGAAAAUGGCUAACUGUCAACCACCGAUUUGUUCGAUUGAAACUAGUGAUGAGAGGAACAUCAGAGGAUGGCUACUGGGAGCUUCGCCGACUGAGGGUGGAGCUAGGCAGAUCCUUCUUCAGGAUGAAGACCUAGCAACGGUGGUAGAAUCGAAGUUUGGUGGGGGGUGUUCUUGUAAGAUUAUUUUCAAAAUCGAGUGGGAACCCUCGACUGAAACUCCGGAAGCAACACUCCCAUGGUCUCUGAACUCCUGCCACAUCGCCCAGACUCCGGCAGACCGCCCUAGGAAGCUCGAACAACCACAGGGAGUUAGGUCUCACAGCAAUCAGGAAAAGAACAGCAUGAGAAAGACUCGACCCAAUGCAAAUUUCGAACCGUUACAGCAGACGAGAGGAGACGGUGAGGACUGGUCGUCGGAGCAACCGGGAGCAAUUUUGACCUGAGCCGGACAAAUCUCCUUUCCCCGCUGACGAUGCCGGGCAGGAGUCCAACAACUCCAGGGGCUCCAGGUCUGACGGCGGUUAUGUGCGAAGCUACCAGUGCAGUCCACAAGUCUUUGUCGAGGACCGACGACCAGCGACACGACCUGCAAUCCCUGCCGCUGACGAGAAGACAUCGUGAAGACCGCAACGCAUGCUCCCUCCUUCUGAUUGGAAUUUGAAGCUGUUGUCCCAUACGCUCAUUGAAGCUGUUGCAGUUGGAGUUUAAAUCUUCUUAUUUCACACCGUCGCCGGGUGGUGCUUAUUCAUGUGCAAAUCAAGUUGUCACCGGAUUCGAAUUUGAGGCGGGAGGAGAAUCCUAGCUGAAGCAAGCCCAAAGGCCGAAGACUGCAUCGGCCGGCGGUAGAUUUCGCCUCGGAAGCUUACCUCCGUUUUCG